UUGGUACUUUGUCUUUCUAGCUGCAUCGCCUGCAAGUUCAUCAUGAUUCUCCAACAGCUCUUCAGAUUUUCUUACAUUUUUCGUUCCGCUGUUUCCACCCACUUGCGUAGAAACAUUGGUUUUUCUGCUGUUGUGUUCAAUAAGGCAAAGGAACUUGAUCCUGUGCAGAAACUCUUCUUGGACAAGAUCAGAGAAUACGAUACAAAAAGCCAGAAAGCUGGUGGCCCUGUUGAUGCUGGCCCAGAAUAUCAGAAAGAUCUGAAUGAAGGAAUUGCUAAACUUCAACGGUUAUAUGGCAGUGGAGACUUGACCAAAUUUCCAGACUUCAAAUUUGAGGAACCCAAGUUUGAAGAAGAUCAGAAGUGAUGUGAAGGACAUGUCUACCCCAAU